UUUCUUUCAAUAUUGAAAGUGAGGCUGAUAGCUUUUUUCUUUGUUCAUCAUACACACAAUUGUGUGUGUGUGUGUGUGUGUGGAGGACAUAGAGUUGUAACUAGCACACACCAGCAUCUGGCUAACAUCUCACCUCCCACUACAUACAGCAACUGUCACACUAUUAUAUCAGCAGUUACACAGGAACAGCAGCAGCAGCAGCAGUAACACAGGAACACUACUACAACAGCAGCAGUACCACUAUAAUACCACUACAGCAGCAGCAGCAGUAGUUGGAGUGGAACACUACAGCAGGAUACACAUCAUCCAUCACACACAACUACAGUGAAGGAUUAAACAAUGCAGCAAUUUCUCCUGCUGAAAUGUGAUGAAGAAUUCCAGACAUGACAGCAUAUAUUGGUCUACUGUGUCUUCUACAUUUACUGAUCACCCUUGUACUGUCCAUAGAUAUUACAUACCAUGUCAAGGAAGAAGACAGACCUCACACCUAUAUAGGAGACAUUGCUGUUGACUCUAACUUAUCACACCCUCUCACACAUCAACAACACACUCUCAUUACAUUUACACAACUACAAAGGACAGUCGAGAGUGGUUCUCACUUAUUUAAUGUCACCAACUCAGGAAAACUAUACACAACUCAGACACUGGAUGCAGAGUCCCUGUGUACAUACAACAAAGAAUGUUCCAGAAUAGUUAAAGUAGCAGUGAGAAAAGGAAAAACAUUUAUGAAGAUUCUAAAAAUUAAAAUAUUAAUAGAUGACAUCAAUGACCAUUCUCCAGAAUUUCCACAGAAUGAAAUCACAAUAAAGUUUUUAGAGAGAGAUUUUAAAGGUACUAAAAUCCCACUUUUAAAUGCCAUUGAUGAAGAUAUUUCAAUAAAAAAUUCCCAAAUUACAUAUAUGAUCAAGAAAAGUAAAAGAGAACCAUUUUCACUCUCUGUCACAAAACACAAAGGUAUUUUCACACCUGAAAUAAUUCUUGAAGAUAAGUUAGACAGGGAAGUAAAAGACUCAUACAUGUUAACCUUGGAAGCUAAAGAUGGAGGGAAUCCUCCCAAAACAGCUACACUCAAGGUACACAUAUCUGUAACUGAUGUCAAUGAUAACACACCUGUAUUUUCACACGACCUGUACAACACAUCUGUAAGUAAUUCACAUCAAAGACAUUUACCAAUUUUUACUUUAAAGGCCACAGAUAAAGAUUCUGGAGACAAUGGAAGGAUUUCGUAUCAUUUCAACCAUAAAACAUCUCGAAAUAUCCAGAAAUAUUUUGUAUUAGAUAAGAAAACUGGAGAUUUAUUUUUACAUGACAGCUUUCAUUUUAGUAAAAUGCAGUAUUAUAAGUUAUUUAUUGAAGCAAGGGAUGGAGGAAAACCACCAAAAAAAUCUGUUGCAGCAGUUCAGAUUCAUAUAGUUAAUAACCAGAAUAAUGCUCCAUUGAUAAAUAUAGAUUUUGUAUCUCCUUUAUCAGAGAGCUCAGCUGCAGUUUCAGAAGACAGUGAAGUAGAUAGUUUUAUAGCUUAUGUUAUGGUCACUGACACUGAUAGUGGACCUAAUGGUGAGGUUAUCUGUGAUUUAAAACAUGAUAAAUUUAAACUUGCCAAAAUAGAUUCUAAAGAAUAUAAAAUGAUUGUUAAGGGCCACCUUGACAGAGAGAUAAGGGACCACUAUAAAGCAUCUAUUGUGUGUCAUGACAUGGGGUCACCUCAACUAGAAAGUAAAAAAUAUUUCUCUGUCAAAGUAACUGAUGUCAAUGAUGUAGAACCACAUUUUACCAAAGAAACAUUCCAAUUCCUCACCUAUGAAAACCAGAAAGUUGACUUCCCUAUUGGCUUCAUCAAUGCUACAGACCCAGAUCUUGAAGAUGGAGGCCAACUUACAUAUUCUAUCAUCAAUGAUAACAACAAUGAUAACAUUCCUUUCCAACUGACAAAAUAUGGAUUUAUUUCUACAUCACAACCAAUAGAUCGAGAAAUGAAAGACAUCUAUAAGUUCAAGGUUUUAGUGAAAGAUAAUGGAACACCUUCUCUCAGUGACACUGCAAUAUUGUUAUUGAGAUUCUAG